CUUCGACCUUAUUUGUUAUGUGAACGGUACACAAGAUCUCAGUCAUGCCCUUCCUGCCGCGGAAGCCUGAAGAGGGUCCAGUCCAGGGACCUGUGGGUGCUCACGGGCGACGACGACGUGAUCGACCCCGUGACCCUGGAGAAGGAGAAUGUGAGGCACUUCCACAGCUUCAUCGACAGCCUGCCCCUCAUCGUCCCCGACAACCUUCUGCUGGUCUACUAUGACUACCUGCAUCUGAUAGAAAUUUGCAUUUUUAACUUUAACAUAGAUGUUUAG